AUAUAAGCUUGCCAUUAACUUUAACGACUUUCAUAACUACGGUUCUCUCGUUGUCUACUGUACUAGAUUUCCGAGAGGAUACACUGCAAUAUCUGGAACGAGAAUAUCAAAGCGUACUUUGACGGUAUGCAUCUAAUUCUCUGUCUUAUUAUUAGCAAACAGUGGAAUACUGAACGAAGUUCUAGUUCUAAGCUUCAGGUUAUCAUACUAAUAUUCUUGCUAUAGAAGGUUGACACAUUCCAUAACGACCUUCGAUCCUCUUCUCUCCUUUGAAGUUCAUACCCAGUUCCCAUUCGCAUAUAUGCAUGGCUUCAAUAACGCAGCCGCACAGAGGCUUCGAUGAUAUUGUUCACCUCCUCAAGAGCAAGAAACCUACGGAUCAACCGGAAGACGAGCACCCUCAGGAUCCUCCUCUUGGUGUUCAUCCACAACCCCCACGUCAUGAAGACUCACCCGCACAGAAAGCAGAGCAAUCAACGACUAUUGCAGACCUCCAGGCCUCUCUCAAGCGACGUGAAGCCAAAGACGAGGUUCAGACUACGGGGAUGACAAUGCCUUCUGAAGGACAAGGCCAUGUUGUAAGAGGGAAGGAAGAAGUGGACGAGGAAGAGAAGGAUGAGAAGAGAGAAGGCGAAGACGGAGUUGGUCAACUUCGUGAGAAUGGGAAACCUUCUCUUAGUGAGAAGGGGAAGUCACGUCCUCGUCAAGAAGAGAAGUAUCAGCAUGGGCAGGCCAGUAAACAUCGUCCGGCUGUCCAGGUCAAUGACCUAAACGAGACCAGCCCUCGGUCGAGCAAUGCCUCUCGUUCGCAAACUCAACCAGUGCGACGUACAGCUAGAAAGUCGUCGAUUUCUGGCAAUGGUCAUCCAUACCCCACGACUCCCUCCGGUCCUCCGAGGUCAAUCUCUUACCACUACUCCAUGUCUGGUGCCAACGUUCCCCCUUCUCGCUCUGGAAGCCAUGAAGACGGUUCAGCCUUCCUUCAUGUCCCAGGUCCGGAUGAUGAGACAGUAGAAGACGUGGAUGAAAAUGAAUUCGCCCCUCCCACUUCUGAUUUCCGCAGUGCCCUGGAGUAUGAGGAUCCAGAGCAGCGUGAACGCGAACGAGAGAUCGCGGAACGCAAAGGAAAGCGGAGAGAACGAGAAGGAUACUUUCCCGAGACGUGGAACCCUGUGCGAUGGCUGUCUGACUCACCUCGAGGAGAACCUUCACCUUUCACCGCCGAACCUCAAGAACAAGAAGAACACGCACCCGAUGAAGCGGAGACGUCGACACCUCACCAGUCACCUCAUCUCAAAAACUCGUCAACAGCGGCAUCAUCACCACGUCUGUCAGGUCGUUCUCGUUCGUUGCCACACAUCAAGAUUGACACUAAGGGCGGCGGUACGGGGGCUCCAAAGUGGGGCCGACUGCGCUCGUUGCUUCCUCAUGUAGCGAGCCAAGCAAGAGCUCAGGCUAGUGCGCCGUCCGCUGUCGUGUCUACCUCUGUCAAUAUUACCGACGAGCUGAUUGCUGGUGGGCUUUCUACCUUGAUGUUGCGCCUGUGGUUCGAGCGGGACGAAAGGGGUCAUCGACGAGUGCCUGUUCUCUUCCAUCGCCUGCGCAUUCGUGUCAGCGAUAGCUUGCAUCCUACGCAUGGUCACAAGGCGGUCUUCCGAAUUGAAUGCGAGUACGCCAACGGUGCCGCUCGCUGGGUCAUCUACCGCCAGCUGCGAGAAUUCCUGUCUCUUCACACCCACUACGCCAUUUCAAACGCGUACAACAGGAAUGUUGAUACAUUGCCCGAUUUCCCUCGUACUAGCCUUCCCUAUUUCAAAUGGCUGAAAGAGAGAGAUAGUGAGGUAGGGAAAUCAGACUUCGCUCGUCUGCAACGUGAAGCACUCGAGAACUACCUCAUUGGAUUAAUUCGUGCAGUGAUGUUUCAUCCUGCCGCCAACCGUUUGGCCAGCUUUUUGGAGAUCAGUGCGCUCUCAAUUGCGCUUGCUCAGUCGGGGGGCUCCCAGUAUAAGGCGGGCUUCUUGCGAAUACAUCCGUCUUCGGCUAAAGGCGGUGGCGGUUAUGGGCGUAAGAAUACAAGCUGGCGGGACAAACAGACCCAAAGGUGGUGUGCUGUACGAGAAAGUUAUCUCGUCAUACUUGAGGAAAUGGGUGAAUUGACAGUCUACGAUGUCUUCAUCGUCGACCAAGACUUCAAGAUAGAGCGUCCAGUACGGUAUUACCGUCAAGGUCUCAACCUCUUGAAUAUACCAGAGGGUGCCAUUCAUCCCACUGGGCACGCCCAUGAUACCGAGAAGAAGGCGCCUGAUGCUCGAAGUCAUGUUGGUUCUACCAUGGGCUCGAUCAAAUCCUGCGUUUCUAGAGUCUUUAAAUUGUCUCAUCAUCACGAUGGUCAUCAAGAAAUGAAUCAAACCGCAGAGGGAGUUGCUUCAGGCUCACAUCAGCAGCAACGUCGUCGUUCAAAUACUAUGUCAUCUACCACUACUACGGAUGAUGAAACUGAGGAAGAGGAACGUCCACUGACCCCAAUGUUGGAUCCUUCGACCAAUACCAACCCACUGGAAGACGCAUCUGAGAAGCCUCAUGGCCCACAGGACGACGAAAAGAACAAGGGAAAGAAAAAGAAGCGUAGCGGUGACGUCUCUAAACAUGUGUUCUAUAUUGAGAACUCUCAGAUGCGGCUGAAGCUCUUUGCCAAAAAUGAGCGUCAAAUGCUGCAGUGGAUCGCUGCGCUUGAGAAGGUUGCUCGUGAGUCACAUUACACGGGCACAAACCGUUUCGACAGCUUCGCCCCCAUUCGUUUGAAUGUCGCUGCUCAGUGGCUUGUUGACGGUCGUGAUUACUUUUGGAAUCUUUCGCGCGCGAUUCUAUUGGCCAAAGAAAGUAUUUAUAUCCAUGAUUGGUGGCUCUCCCCAGAGCUGAAGAUGCGUCGUCCGGGUCUGGACAAAUAUCGUUUGGAUCGCCUGUUGGAAAAGAAGGCCAAAGAAGGAGUCAAUAUCUAUAUCAUUCUCUACCAAGAAGUCUCCAGUCGGACUACUCCUACAGACAGCAACUAUGCCAAGCAGAGGCUCAUCUCACUGCAUCCUAACAUCUUGGUACAGCGGUCACCAUCUCAUUUCCAGACAGGCACGUUCUACUGGGCUCAUCACGAGAAACUAUGCGUGAUUGACCAAGCCAUCGCUUUCAUGGGUGGCCUUGAUCAAUGCUUCGGACGAUGGGACACGCCUCAACAUGUUCUUGUUGAUGAUCCUGAGAUUGCGGAAACCGAAGAACCCAUUUGGCCUGGCAAGGACUACAGUAACCCAAGGGUUAUAGAUUUCCACGCUCUGAACAAGCCAGAAGAGGACAUGUAUGAUCGUUCCAAAGUUCCUCGCAUGCCAUGGCACGAUGUUUCUAUGCAGAUGGUAGGACAGCCCGCUCGCGAUCUCGCUCGACAUUUUGUACAAAGAUGGAACUUUCUUCUGAGGAUCAAGAAUCAUACCCGCCUCAUGCCUUUCUUACUACCUCCUCCGGAGUUCCGUCCCGGUGAACUCGCUGCUAUGGGGUUGACAGGUACAUGCGAGCUCCAGAUAUGUCGUUCGGCCGGCAGCUGGUCAAUGGGUACUCCAGAGAGGACAGAGCUAUCCAUUCAAAAUGCCUAUCUCAAAGCUAUCCAACUAUCUGAGCACUUCGUGUAUAUCGAAAAUCAGUUCUUCAUCACCUCGACCGUGGUGAACGAAGUCAAGAUAGAAAACAAGAUUGGUGAUGCCAUUGUACACCGCAUCAUCCGAGCACAUCGCGAAGGAACUCCAUGGAAAUGCUGUGUAUUGAUUCCCCUUCUCCCCGGCUUCACGUUCCCAGUAGAUCAUAGCGACGCAAGUGCGAUUCGAAUAAUCCUGGAAUGCCAAAACCGGACUAUCUCUAGAGGACCGAAUUCGAUAUUUUCUCGCCUGAGGAAAGAAGGCAUUGAUCCCGAUGAUUACAUUUCUUUCUUUUCUCUGCGAAACUGGGGAAAGUUACGCCACGACGUCCUCACUACCGAGCAGGUCUACAUUCAUGCUAAAGUUUGCAUUGUUGACGAUAAACUCGCGAUUAUUGGAAGCGCAAACAUCAACGAGAGGUCUCAACGCGGUGAUCGUGAUUCCGAGCUUGCAGCUGUCAUUCGUGACACGGAUAUGAUUGACUCGACAAUGGCCGGGAAGCCGUAUAAGGUCGGCCGAUUUGCGCAUACACUACGAGUCAGGCUCAUGCGCGAACAUCUUGGCAUCGACGUGGAUGCAAUGUACGAGGAUGACCUCAUGGCAUUCGAACCGACGAAGCAGGAGCAUGAAAUGCAGGAGUGGGACCCGGAUACAGAGCAAGAGUAUGGUAGGGAAGCGGGUGUCACGCAUGUGGGCAAAUCCCAACGCAGGACUGCUACCAAGGACCUAAUGCAUGACACGCUCGGCGGUAUUCAGCAAGUAUUGCGUGGUACGGGUGAUAACGUAGCCAAGGAUACGGCGGCAUUCCUAAGCAAAACUGGAUUGAUGACGGAGGACCCGACUGCCAACGCCGGUGAGGCAAGUCUUGGCGAAGAACGCACGACAUACAACAAGGAGGGCGAGAAGGUGCCCGGUUUCACAAGUUCCGUAGUGCCGACGUUGGAAGAGAAAACGAUCGCUGAGCAAGGCCUAGCCAAUGGUCAAGCUGAUGGAGAGGUUUCUGAAGAUUCCGCCUCUCACGAUACUGUCCGAAAACACGGUGACGAUGCUAAUAGGGAGGUAUCAAACGGUCAUGCCGAAGUUCGCACACCGGGGUCCGCUCAUGUUGCCGGAGAGCUCUUUGGUACACCGGCUGGUGCGGACACCAAACAUGAUGACGGGCCGCCCCAAUCACAAGCGUCUGAGGCUGACGAGGAAGAGCACAAGGCCCCCGCUGCUCGUUCUACUCUGCGCAGACAUCUCACAGCGAAACUAGAUUCCAAGUCUGGGUCGAAACCUUGGGUGCUGCCCACGCCAACCCCUCACGUUGAUCCUUACGGCUUUGAGGACCCGAUUUGUGACGAGUUUUGGAAGAAGGUCUGGAUUGGGUGUGCUGUACACAACACGGAGAUCUUCCGUAAAGUUUUCCAUGCAAUCCCCGAUGACAUAGUAACAACUUGGAAACAGUACAAGGAGUUCAUUAUUCACCAUGAACGCUUGAACCAACCUAUGAGAGAUGUGCCUACCCCUGAACCUGUUGCACGUAUUCCGUCUGAAUCUGGAGAUCAAGGUGCGCCAGGACAAGCAACGGAGAAACCUGAUAGUCCUACGGAUGAAGCUGGCCCGAAGGCAAAGGAUUACGCAGAGGACCAGGCUUCCACAUCUAGUGCACAGCCGCCGACCAAUGGGCCAGAAGCGCGAAGCCGCAAAGCCAAUCGCGGGUCUGAACCUUUCAGUCUAGCGGAUAGGGACGAAAUGGAGCGACUUCUUGAAGAGGUACGAGGCCAUCUUGUGGUGUAUCCGACUCGUUUCCUUGAGGGUGAGGAUAUCUCCAACAACUUCUUGUUCAAUGCCGAUAGGUUGCUUCCCUUACCCAUCUAUGAUUGAUCUCAUCACUCCACUUCAUUUCUUCCUGACACCCACCUUCAUUAUUCUCGGGCAUCUUUUCUUGACUUCUCGCAAAUGGACGUUUCUUGUACCUCGAAUUUUCAGCUUUUUGUCUCUAGCAGAUACUUACCGUAAGAUUGGAUUGCCUAAUUUUCAUGUAUUGACACGGAUAUUUGGCCUCUCAAUAUUCAAUCGGGAUGUUUAUUCUCGCUAAUCC